AUGAAGCCAAUCACUCUCGAUUUAGGUGACUGUAUUGCGUUUCAUUGGAACAUCCAAACAGGUGGCAUCUGUAAGGCGGAUGGAAAAUGCGGAGCUGGACGGAUCGAAUGUCUCAUUCGGGCAUCGACUGCUGUGAAAUAUCAUCGGAAACGGGGUGGGGCGAUCAUUGUCAUACUGAAAUCGCUCCGUGUAACCAUCCAAGCUCAGAUCAGUGUUCACUUCCGCUUCAGCGAGUCGAUAUCCGGUCGCGGAAUUGAGGAGAGCUCUCUCUCGUUUAUACGAUACAGUCACUCUUCCUGGUUUCUGGCCGAGACUUUCUCAGAGAAUUCUAUGCUGACAAUCAUGAAUGAAUCGAAGAAAGAGCAUGCUCUUGUAAUCCAAGAUGUAGCAAGCCAAGAUGGUAUGCCAGGUCAGCGAGACGAUGGCGUCGUUCAAAUCAACUUCAAUGUUUCCCAAAGGCGAGGGGGUAUGUUUGAGCGAUACAUUAACCCGCAAGCCAUCGUAAAUUUUGGCUUCACUUUGCAAGCUGCUUGGGAAGCAUCUGUGGCAUCGUUUCAAUUCAGUUUACUCAACGGUGGGCCAGCAUCGCUUGUGUAUGGAAGCAUUGUGGCUGGCAUUGGUUCAACCGCCAUCGCGUUGUCGUUGGCUGAAAUGGCAUCUCUCUGGAUCACUGUUUGGGCAUGGAUUACAGCAACGGCAGCUAGCCCGGCUUACCUGUCCAACAUUGUCACCAGUUUAGUGAUAUUCAAUUAUCCAGAGUAUGAACCAAAACGAUGGCAUGGGACUCUACUCAUGUGGGGUUUCGUGCUAAUUCCAGUUGUAUGGAACCUCUGGUGCCGAAAAAUGCUGAACACACUUGAGAUGAUCGGAGGCAUUUGCCACUUAUUAUUCUUCUUGGUGUCAAUAAUCACUCUGAUUGUCAUGGCAGAUCACAGUAGCCCUGGAUUUGUCUUCAACAAUUUGUGGCACGAGUUCAGCGGCUGGAGCAAUCCCGGCGUGGCUUUCAGCAUCGGAAUUAUUACAGUGACGUUUCCUAUUACUGCCUUUGAUGGUGUUAUCCAUAUGAGCGACGAAGUGAAAGGAGCCCGAAUACAGGUUCCGCACAGCAUGAUCAUCGCCGUUACCUCAAACAGCAUCAUGCAAUUCUCCUUCAUGGUGGCAGUCAUGUUUUGCACCGGAGACGUUGACCAAGUCACAAAUACUCCUACUCUCCUUCCGAUCAUUGAGGUAUACUACCAAGCCACGAAGUCGAAGCCCGCCACAAAUCUGCUUGUGUUCAUGAUAGCUCUGAUCUUGUUCAUCUCUCUGUUCAAUAUCUUUGCCUCAGUCUCCAGACUGGCUUGGUCGUUCGCUCGCGACAACGGUUUGCCGUUCUCCAAGACUUUUUCGUCCAUCCACCCGAGACUAAAAAUUCCACUCAACUCUCUUCUCCUCGUCGGAACCGUGUGUUGCCUCCUCGCGCUCAUCAACAUCGGUUCCCCAACUGCUUUCAAUGCUUUGAUCUCUCUACCUACCAUUGCGCUUUACAUGUCGUAUUUUAUCCCGAUCCUGUUCCUCGUCAUCAGAAAAUUACAGAAUCGUCACCCGACUUAUGGACCUUUCAAGCUUGGGCGCUGGGGACUGCCGAUUAACCUCUUUUCUCUGAUCUAUAUUCUGUACAUUCUGAGAUUUGUACCGUUUCCCGUUAUGCUUCCUGUGACGGCAACUACGAUGAACUACGCUGGCCCAAUGAUGGGAGUGAUAAUUGUUGUUGCGCUGGGAGAUUGGGUGAUAUCGGGCAGGAAGAGAUUUGAGGUUCCCGUUGCUGUCUCUGCAAAGGAGGAGGAUUAA